AGUACGUGUUGUUAUUGUGCAGAGGAUGGGACCGAGAGAGGGAAAAUGUAAUUUGAGUAUGUAACUGGGAUUUAAAUACACGUUUGGCUCAGGUAAUUUGGAAGCUUGAUAUUUGUACAGUGUAUAUAAUCAAACAAUGGAAGAAGACAGACACUCCCCAAUUCCUGUACCGAAGGGUUCUUAUAACUUAAACUUUGAUGAGAUUGAUGAAGACUCCAAUCCAUUUCAGACAAAGACAGUUCUUGGACAGUCCCCUCCAGUAGGUGGAAAUAUAAAUCCGUUCCAAACUAUAUCGAAAAUGGGCCAUUCGCCCCAAACAAAUUCGAACAAUAACAUUUAUGAUAUAGAUAUAGAUAUUGGGGAGGAUCCGUUUAAAAGUAAAAACCAACUAUCAUCAUCUCCUCCUCAAACAGAACAAGUGCUCCCCACAAAUUCUUCCCCAAUGUUGCAUGAAUCCUCCCCUGUAGAGUCAGGACAAGAAACAGUAAAACAGGGCAACAAGAUACCUCGCUCACCUGAAGAACCUCAGCAGACAGCUACAUUUACAGAACAACAAGGCCUUUCAACAGCUGAUGAAGCAGACAGCAAUCCCACAGACAGCAAGCCCACAGACAUCAAGGAAGAAUCGGAUACCGCAGGCAGUGCACCUAAAGAAGACAAGGUGAAAAUGAAACCUCCAAGUAAAAAACCUGGCGGGAAAAAAGGAAUAAAAAAACCUAAGAUCCGAUCCAAGUUUAAACCUCCAGAAAACUUUGGAAUACAGGGAGGUGAUGAUGAUAUUCAAAUUUUCGCUCCGAAGAAGGAAAGUAAUCCAUCACCACCAAGAGAAGAAGACCCACCUAGAACGGAGGAGCCGGUCAAGGAGGAGGUGCCACUCAAUGAGGAGGCGGACCCAAAACAGCAAACAACCAAUGAGGAGGCUGGAACUGGGUCAGGUGAAAUUGACUCCUCCAAUCAGAUGACCCGGAGUUUGGAGAUGAUGCAUGACUUUGGAGCAGCUGAGAUGCCAGAUUCUGAUGAGAACGAAGGAUUUGUGCCUGCAAAUGAAGUUUUCUCUGACACAGCUGACUGGGAAAUGUUGGAAAAAUUAAGUGGUAAAGGCCAGGGAGAUCUAGUGCGGGAUUCCUUGUACACCAAGUUUGAUCCACUUGUACAAGAGAAUAGUACUGCUAAUCAAGUGCCAGACUCCAGUCGGAUCAGGAAUGACAACACAGAAACUCAGGCUGACCAAAGUGUGGAUUUGCUGUCGAUGACGACCCCCCCUCCCCCUAGUAAGACGUCCCGCGUCCCCAAACAUCCUGCAGCCCGUGUGCUCCAAGAACAGGUCGAGGAGAAUGGCAAUGCACAGCAGGAUGCAAGUGCUCGCAGUGUCGACAAGAUGCUUUUCAGCCCCACAAACAGUGUAAAGCUGCAGUCGCCACCCGAUGAAAUUGAUGGUACCAGAUAUUACGAUGCUUAUGACUUUCCACCUACUGCCAGGGGUCGUAACUCUAGAGGCUCAAAGAGUGAUGGGGAAGGUGAUCGAAGCGGUUACAAGAUGGAGAAUACCGAGUCUGUGGUACAACUCGUACAAGAAAACAGUCUACAGGUGCUGAAGUACUCACAGUCCGAGUGGAAUAAGCUGAAGCAAGACCUUGACUUAGAAUUUCAAGCCAAGCUUCUCAACAAGGAGAGGGAAUGGAGUCGAAAACUUGCCGAUCGAGAGAAAAAUUUAUCUCGCCUCGAAGAUCAAUGCAAGAGCUUAAAACAGGCCAAUCACGACAUGAGGUGUGUUGUGACCGAGUUUGAAAAAACGAUCGCCCAAUUACAGGCGGAAAAGGAAAAAUCAUGUACAGAAUCUCAGCAGUCUAUGGAAGAUAUAGUUAAGGAGAGGGACCAGGCCUUGGAGGAUCUGCAGUCAGUAGAGAUGGCCUUCUCCGAUCUCCAUCGACGUUAUGAAAAAACCAAAGGGGUUGUUGAAGGCUUCAAAAAGAAUGAAGAAGUUUUGAAGAAAUGUGUUCAGGAUUACCAGUCCAAGCUGAAGAAGUCCGAAGAUAAACUACAAGAUGUUUUACAGCAGGCAGAACAUAAAUUAGACCGAGCAAAUCAAGAAAUUGAGAAAGUACGGAAGACAACAAUAGCUGAUGUGGCUCGGCUUGAGGCAGCCAUGCGAAAGUCGGAUCUACGUGUACAAGGGCUGGAGAAGACACUAGAACAAAAGAUUCAGGAAAACCAGGAGUUGACAGAAAUUUGUGAUGAACUCAUAGCAAAGGUUGGAACAGACUAGUUCAAAUGUUAAUCGUUAAGAGUGGACUUGCUGUGGACAGCUUCUUGACAGUGGUUGGAUGACGAAAGUUGUUGUGGUGAAAACAGAAAUGAAUGCAAGUUUUAGUGUACAUGUAGCUUAAUUGAGGUCUAUACGCAAAGUUAUUCAUAUUUUCCAUACUUUCAACUAUUCGGACAGUGGAGAUAAGAAUUAUUUUUACAAUUUAUUUGGAAAAUGCUUUGGUAAUGUCUGAUUGCAAGCAUGUUAUUGUUUUGAGAGGAUGAUAUUGGGGUACGAGUUGUCUGUUACAUUAAUACUUUGGUACUGGGAAUCCUUGACGUAUGUGUGAAUUCUGUGAUUCCUGAUUCAGUACCAUAUUUGUAAGGAUUUUAAUUUGCAGUGGAUGCAUGUGCACCAGUAAUGGUAACACUGUUGAAAAUACCUCUGAAUCAAUAAUCUUUUAUUGGAAUUUUAUUUUCACAAAUGAAGAUAAAAAUCUAACCAGUUAGAAAUGUUUUCCAGGAUGUUGCGGUUCCAUCUAUGACUUCUUUGGAAAGCACAUAAUGUGUAACAACGGUUCACAGAAAAUGUUCUUUGUAUCCAUGACAACAUGUACCAUGCAUGGUCAAAGAUAAGCUUGCCUCUGAAUAGCAUGGUAAUCAUGGCUUUUGAGAAACUUGUCUGUAAUCCCAGUUGAAGAUUUAUCAAGUUUUAUGACAGGUUUGUUGUUAGCCUUUUAUUAUGUUUUAUGACAGGCUUGUCGUUAGCCUGCUAUCAUGUUUUGUGACAGGCUUGUCGUUAGCCUGUUAUCAUGUUUUUGUGACAGGUUUGUCGUUAGCCUGUUAUCAUGUUUUAUAAAAAGCUUGACUAUAACCCCAGCAGUAUCAUGGUUUGUCAAAAGCUUGUCUCUAGCCAUAGUUAUGGUGUUGAGAAGCUUUUCUGUAACCAGGGGCUUGGUCGUUUAUGCGGAACAACCAGGUUUUCCGUUUUUAAAUGUAACAAUUUUGGGUACGAAUCCUGGUGGACCUGCAAAUGUUUAUGCAGGCCUUGCAAGGCUUUCUCAAAGCUCGCCUGAAAGCAGUUCCAGAUCACUAGGUCCAACCUUAUUUAAUAAAUGAACAACUGUGGUCCGACUGGUUCAACCGUUUAAACGAAAACGGCCCAGUUAUUUCUCAGCUUGUUUCUGUGUAGCCAUAGUUAACAUUAGUGUAUGAAGCAUCAACUGAACAGUUUUAUGUUAACAAGUUUCUGUGAUCUGUUUUCUGUUGGAAAUAUUUAAUUGUCUGUAUGAAAUAAACAUGUACUUGAUAUUUUAUCCUGUAAUUUAAAAAGGUCAUACAGUGAGCCUGGAUUACCUGCAUGUGUGUACGUGUAGUUGGGUACUUGAUGUUUAAAGUCUUUCAUAGUUUUAGUUAUGAUCUGUAUUUGUCAUUCAGUUAUCUCCCUUGAUCGUCCCUACCAGUUUUGUCUCUUUAUUAAGUAGAUGACAUACUUGCCAACCCUCCCUAUUUAGGAAGGGGACUCCCUAUUUGGACCCUUAGAGUUCAACCAAUGAAUUUGCUAAACUAUUCCUAUAUUCUAAAAUCUGAUUAUGUCAUCUGAAGGUAUGUCAAUUAAAGAGUGAUUUUGGCUCCAGGGGGUAUAUACAUAUCUGAUGUACACACGUGGCUAUGUUAGGAAAGCAGUUAAAGAAAAAUAUCUACCUGUUGUUGAAUUGAGACAUUCAUUGCAGUCCAAGACAACACAUUUUUUAAAGUUCCGAGCUUGGUAGAGCAUCAGGUUCUGGAUACAUAAUGGGACCUGAUGUUUUGAGACAGAGCACUUAACCAAAGGGGCCGAUUUUUGGAGAUCAGAGCUUCAUAUAGCCUGAAUAUAUAUCAUAUAUUUAUACCCUUUAUAUAGAUGUGUAGCGGUGAUCAAUUAUAUAAUGCUAUUGUAAAUGUAAUUGGCCAUGCACAAAUUAUUAAUUCUUCCUUUCAUAAAGAAUGUGAGGUUUUCAUAUAUUUUGUCGGUGUGACUGCCGGUCAAAAAAUGCGAAAAGAUUUGGUUAAGUUUUGACAGUUACACAAAAAAUAUCUUAAUUUUACAAGCUGCUCUUCUUUUAAAUACAGAGAAUCCUAAUCAAUAGCAUAGUAUGCAGCUAUAAUGAAUGGUAUUUACUGAUGAAAACUUUUCUAUAUCAGAUUUAUGUUUUCUUUAACUUCAAUGUUGGAGAAUAUCAAUUUAUAUGCUGUUAAUUGUAUUUAUAGUCAAAAAGCAAUUUGAAAGAAGAUACAAGUGUAUCAGACUGAGCAUUAUUUUAUGCUCAGUAUUACCAGACUUUUACAUGUUUACGAGGGUCACAUCUGGAAAUUAACGCUUCCUAUCUAUAUUCGGUGAAUUUUAGAAAUAUGCCCAGUGCUUGUGUAACUUUGUAUUUAAGAAGCAGGCCCAAGGGCUUAUUACAGGGAGAAUACUAUAGGCAUGUCACACUCUUGGUUAACACACUCAUUGCCUUAGCUUAACAUGCAUGACAAAUUACAGCAGUUGUGUUUAUUAUUAUUGAUAACAAAAUCAAGGUGAUAGCUAGAAUAUUUCUGUCUGACCAUAACGGAGCCUCUUUAAUGUGGAUAGUUUAAUUUCUGGAGAGAAAAACUGAAACAAUGGGUAUUUUGGUCAGUGACACAAGAAUAUGACUGAAUUUUAUCUCAUUCCUAAAAUAGUUCCAUGUCAGGCAACAAGUAAAAUGUGAUCUGUUUAUGGCAAUAAGGACUAUGUUAAUUAACUAUUUAUAAUAAUUAAAUCUUAUUUUUAAUAAUUGAUGAUCCAUCAGAAAGGUAAACAAUUCAAUAUACAGUAAACCUUCGGUCAGUUCGAACAAAAUUAAAUAAAUAUUGAUAAACCUGUUCAAAUUAUAUGAAAUUAUGUAAUUCCAGCUUUGAUAAUGGCAGAUAAAUCCAAACGAUUAGAAACUUUUGUUUGAAAUUUUAAAUAAAUGGUUCUGUAAUUGAGGAGCUUUAGGACCAUGAUAUUCCAUAGAUUUUUCAAAGUAGAUAACAAGAAUAACAACAGUGUUUCCUGGUGAAAAAGAUCUCGUCAGUACAGCUGUAUUUAAAUUUGUUGUGACCAUCAACAGAGAAUAUUCAUAAGAGAAUCAGGAUUUUGUUUACCAAGAAAUGUGCGAGUUCCUCCUCAUUGUCCGAGUCCAGAUAAGCUAGGUUUAUAUGUUUUGUGUGUGUUUACAAACCUGGUGUUAUCGAUGCCUCAUUGCUGAUAGUUUUAAUGUCAACAUUUUUAACAGCACUUUUACAACAGCAAAGUUGGAUUUUAUUUGUUCUGAAAUUUUCUAAAUUGAAAUUCCCGUUUUAUUUUUUUUAUUUUUCCAAAUUAAAUUUGUUUGCAGUAACUCCAUGUUAAAAUGUCCAUUUUACAAAAGAUGCAUGUUUUAUUUAUAUCACACCAGUUCUAGAUUACUCGGUGACAGAUAGUUUCACGGUAUGUACGCUAUGUAUUUAAUGUUUUAAUUACCUGGCAUUUUACCAGAACGGUGCAGAAAAGGAUUGAAUUCUGGGGCGAUACAGAAUUGUCUUUAUUUAAUGUACAUAAUUUUGUUACUGCCAGUCCGUUAUAUUAUAUAUCCCCUCCUUGUAAUUUUAUAUUCAUUUUAAUAGAAAAAAAUAAUUUUAUUAUGAAAUUUUGUAUAUUAGCACAUGCAAGAUACAUUUGCGUAUAUAUUAUUUGCUAUGUAUAUGCUGAACACCACUAAGUCAAAUUUAAUCAUUAAAAUGUAUAUUGCCAUCACAUAGCUUGCAUCAACAUCACAUAAUUCUCUGUGUUACUUGUACAGUCGAGUAAGUUGUAAUUGAUUAUCACAUGACUUGUAUAAAAUUUUCCCUAGUUGGUCACAUGCCAUGUUAUACCUUAUCAUGUGAUUAAAGAGGAUGUUUGUGUAUCAAUAGCCUUCCUGUCAUGUGACUGCAAUGCAAUUCUUUACUUCCAUAAAUAAAUUUUCUUCAUUUUUCAAAUUUUAACAAGUUUUAAAUUUCCUCUCCUAUACAAAUGUACUGUACUCGGUUAAUACAAAAAUAUUGCAAUUUUUCAACCACAUGCUGAAUUGGCCUUCAAGCUGUUUAAAGUAAUUCGUGUUUUAUGUAAUGAACGUACAUCACUGCUUGAUUAUUGAAAGCACCGACAAACUUGCGUGUUUGUUAUAAGCUAACAGAACAUAAUUUUUGACUCAAAUAAAAUUGUAAACAAAUUGGUUGUUCCUGGAAUGUAUAACUAUAAUAUAUAGCUUGUUGAAAGACGUUCAUAUAGAUAUUUGCAGCAGAUUUGGAUUUACUACUUUGGAAACUGGUGUCAAUAGAGAUGCUAAGUAUAUGUAGAACAGGGGAGAGAUUUACGUUUCUUUCUUUGCUGUCAGAUGAUACUCAGCACUUCAGAGUUCUAAUAAAAGUUGAAAUGGA